CAGGAGCCAGCAUGAGCCUCAGCCUACCCAGCGUUUCCCUCCUGCUGCUGCUCCUCUGGCUGCCAGAGCAGGUCCCAGCUGGCCGAGCAGGUGAGAGCGUCUUCAUCCUCCUCCUCCUCCUCAUUAUUAUUAUAGUUGUUGUUGUAGUUGUUGUAGCAGUGUUGUAGAUAGACAGCAGGCUACAGUGGAUUUACCAGAGUAAAAGUUUCCAGAUUCCGAGAGUUGUUUCCCACAAGCUGUCAGAUGACUGGCUCACACUGAAGGGUUGCUUUUCUCACGCUGCUCGUCGGACUGUUUUAAAGCUGGAUGUCAUUUAGCUUGUUGCUGUUGCUGCUGCUGUUCUGUGUUUAGGUCUUUGUACUGGAGCAUGCAUGCAGAUAACAUUUCAGUGCACUUGGAAAGUGCACAAAUACACCGAGCUGCACUGAGGCAGACACUCCUGGGGUACAGGCGCGUGGGUACCCCAGCUCGGGGGGCUGGAGGAGAUUCUGACAGGCGUGUGUCCUCUGUGUCCUCUCUGUCCUCAGGCGCACACUGGACCUACACAGGAGCUCGUGGUCAGGAUCAAUGGUCACUCUUAUUCCCAGACUGUGGGGGAAACUCCCAGUCCCCGAUUGACAUUGACACAAGAGCUGCCCUGCACGACCCUUCUCUGACCCCUGUACAACCCCAGGGGUACAGUCAUCCUGGCAACGACCUCUUCAUCCUCACCAACAACGGGCACACAGUGGAGAUGUCUCUGCCAGGAUCCAUGUCGCUGGCCGGGCUGCCCUGGCGCUUCUCCGCAGUCCAGCUCCACCUGCACUGGGGCAGCGGGGGCCGCGAGGGAGGCUCGGAGCACCUGAUCGACGGGCACAGCAGCAGCGCCGAGUUGCACGUUGUGCACUACAACUCCCAGCUGUACCCCAACAUCAGCGUGGCCAGGACCCAGCCGGACGGGCUGGCCGUGCUGGGCGUCUUGAUCGAGACAGGUGAGGAGGUGAACCCUGCCUACGAGAAUCUCCUCAACCACCUGGGCAAAGUCAAGUACGCAGGACAGAAGGUGUCCGUUCCCCCAUUCGAUGUCCAGGCAUUGCUGCCCAAACAGCUGGACCGAUUCUUCCGCUACAACGGCUCCCUGACAACUCCCCCCUGCUUCGAGAGUGUGCUGUGGACUGUCUUCACCCAGAGAGUGAAACUGUCUCACUCCCAGAUUGAGAAACUUCAGUCCUCCUUGCUGUCCAGUGUUCGGAAUGACACCCAUGCUCACCCCUUGGUGGAUAAUUAUCGGGGUUCCCAGCCCCUAAAUAACCGGCUUGUGUUCGCUUCCUUUCCUGGGGAUUCUACAGCAUUUUACUCUGUAGGAGAGGUGUGUGCGAUGGUCAUUGGUGUGGUUUUUGGAUGCGUUGGACUUGCUGCUACUCUGCACUUCAUCAUCCGAACUUUGCGCUCCACCUCCAGCUGGGAUGUUCUGCCCAACAUCCACCCAGCCAGCAAGGCCAGAAUUAAGGAGUCCAAGCAGCCUAGACAGGAUGUGGUUUUCAAGACAACCCCUAAUCCUGAAAAAGAAGAGGCCUCCUCCCAGCCAUGACCUAUCACCUUUGACCUGUCCCUCAGCCCUUGGGCUCCCUGCAUGUAACGUCCGGCUUGCAUGAAGCACUGGCCAGGGCUGCCCAGGGGACAGCUGACCACUCUCAUCCCUCUGGCCCCAUCUCUCCUCUCUGCCCCCCAGUCACCCCACCAUCUCUGGGGGCGACACCAGGAAUUCUGGUCACCCGUCCUCCUCCCCCCCGUCUCGUUUCCUCCUUCUUCUUGCUCCGUCUCUCUCGCUCCCACGCUUUUCUGUCUCCAAACAUCGAUUUCGCCUCUGACAGGAGUGAUUUCUCUCCCAUGUUUGCCUAUAUUUGGGGAUUGUGCUUUGUAUAUAAAUAUCAAUAAA